AGAAAUCUUCAUAAAAAGGUAAACAAACAAGACAUGGUCUGCUUUUGAUUAUCCGCUCGCAUUACUCGUACACGGAAAGCAAACCGAAGCGGACACAUGUGUCGUAAGUCAUUAAGAAAACCCGGGUCAAAAAUCGUAACUCGUUUAACUGGAAAGUGAGUUCAAGUGCAACGAAAGCGCAUUAAAUUAGUGCGACGUUGCAAGCGGAGGUGAACGCACGAGUUGUCCGGCAUCCUAACUUGGUCGAGAAUAAAAACAAUAAUGCUCACUACGCAACAGGAAGCACGUUGUCCAGGCUUUUGUGACUGUACUUUUCCCAGCUGCACAGACGUCAACGACCACAAUGGACCAAUAACAAAUCUCGUAAAGUGCAUCUGUGGCGAGGACAGUGGAAACGGACUUCAAUGGAAAUGGCACCACAGUGAAGAGUCCGAUGUACAAAUCGAUGGACGUGACAUAAUUUUCCAUCCUAUAUAUAGCCAGGGUACGGCAAUAGUGAGGGGCGAUCAACUCCUGGAGGCGGACAAGGUGCACUUCUGGGAGAUGCGCGUCAUAACAGCACUAGCAGGCACCGAUGUGAUGUUUGGUAUCGGAACAGAUGGCGUCAAUCUAGAACAGUUCAAAUUUCACUUUGUCUCAGCACUGGGCACCAACGCCCAAUCCUGGGGCUACUCCUACAAUGGCAGAACACAACACUGCGGCGAACAACUGCCCUAUGGUCAAAAGUUUUCACAGGGCUGCCUGGUGGGCAUCUUUUUGGAUCGCAUGCGUGGCCAUUUGGAAUUCUAUUUGAAUAGGCGGUCCCUUGGUGUGGCCUAUACAAAUAUACCCACAAAUCCAAACACAAAAAUAUAUCCCAUGGUAUGCUCUACGGCCGCCAAGUCAGUCAUAAGGCUAAUUAACUCUACAUCGCAAGUUGCAACCUUGCAACUGAGAGCCUUCCAGACAUUGACGAAGCACCCCCAAAGGCUGGAAGAGUUACGCAAUAUGCCGGGCCUUAAGGGCAUUCUUCGAUCGUACUGGUUUUUGGCUCCACCCGUGCGCUACUCCCGCCGCUCCAAGGAGCACGAACUGGACCUUGGCGAUGAGGCGGUGCUGUCAUCAUCGAAGCGACUGGGAAGAAAGCAAAAAUACAAAGACCCUGAUGAUGAGGACACUGAUGAUCUGUACGCAAAUGCUCAUAAAAUUCCUCUGCGUCGCAAUGACAGCGGCGAUGAGGAAUACACAACAUCCGUUCAUGAAUUCUGCGAUGAGUUUUUCCAUUACUUGCUUUAGAAUUGUUUUAUAUUAAGUAUGCAUUUAUUUAAAAGUAUGUAGAGUUUAGUUAAAUAUAUGUAUGUAUGUAUAUA